AUGUAUCAUUUGUUGGGCAACUACUUGCAUGUUUCUCGGAUUGUGGCCCGCAUCGUGGAGAGCCAUGCGGCGGGCUUCCCCGUGCGGCGGUACGUGGUCGGCUACUGGGGGUGGCGCGACCGCACUGUGGCCGACGUGGGGCUGCAUGCGCCCUACUUCAUGUCUCCGGCCAUGCUGGUGCCAGACCUGGGGGAGCUGCCCCUCUCCCUCUCUCUGGGGGUGCUGGGCAUGCCCGGAAUCACGGCCUACUUUGGACUGCUGGAGAUCUGCGAGCCCAAACCGGGAGAGAUCGCCGUGGUCAGUGGGGCAGCAGGUGCUGUGGGGUCCAUAGUCGGGCAGAUAGCGCGCCUCAAAAGGUGCAAAGAGAAGUGGCUGAAAGAGGAGUUGGGAUUCCAUCACUCAUUUAACUACAAGACGGAUGACGUCACAGAGGCGCUGAAGCAGUCGGCACCUGACGGCGUCGACGUGUACUUCGACAACGUGGGCGGCGAGAUGAGCAGCGCAAUCAUCAACAGCAUGCGAGAGUACGGUCGCAUCUCCAUGUGCGGCGCGAUAUCUGGAUACAACGAAUCUAAUCUCCCGAAGGCUACCAUCAUCUAG